CUUGUGUCCACACUGUAUUCCUGUGCGCAGUUCCGCUGGCGUCACAUAUGCAUAUAUGAGCCAUAGGGUCGCGCCAGUGGGAAGACACUGUUUCAAGUAUAGCAGGUUCCAUAUGGCAUCCAUUGGCGUGUACUCGCCCAGCCCGACUCCGGCUCCCUUCAGCUGAUAGGCCCUUGACUGCCGCCUGCCCGGACUCGCCACCCUCAAAGGUCCCGGACCCCAACAUCAGCAGCAGCAACAUCAGACCAUCCCGGCAUACACAUUCGCACCGCAACACAACGAGCGCCAGCUCGCCAUGAACUCCCACAUCCAGCCCCACCGUUCGUCUUCCGAGUUCGUCAAGCAGACCAAGGGCGGUGGACUCAGCCUCCGUUUGAAGAACCAGGGAGCCGGGGCGACGGUGCCUGCGUACGGGCUCAGCUCGUCUGUCUCUGGUACAGUGGAGGUUAGCAAGCCAGAGGGUGUCACAAGCGUCGAGGUUAAGGUCGAGGGCACGCUCUUUCUGCUGGAGAUAGCAGGUCGCGGAGAAGACACGUCCACGCUUUGCCUCUGCAAGUCGAUGCUAUGGGUCAAGAACCGCUCGGAAGAUACACAGUGCCCGUCGUCACUCCCGUUCAGUCUUGCUCUCCCUACUACGUUCACUCAUGCAGGGAGGGAAUACCCCCUGCCGCCGACCUAUGAGUCCAAGUUAUCCGGUCUUCCUGGUUUCAGAGCCAACAUCGAGUAUAAUGUUGGUGUCACCGCUAUUCGUCCAAUGCCUGUACCAGAGAAGGUCAAGUCUGUCUUCAAACGCGAUGAAUUAUCAGUCUUUACGCCCUUCGUCUACUACCCCCGCUCGCGGCCGAGCGUCCCCAUCCCGCCCCCACUCAUCGCACAUCACUCGCGCAAAGGCUUCCUGGAGAUGCCCUUGCAAUGGCGUGCCUUCUCCUCGACGAUCAAGGCACGCGAGGGGACGAACCACGCAGACAUCGAGACAAAGAUCUAUCUGCCGUUGACGCGCAUCUUCAGCAUGGGCAAGCCGAUCCCGUUCCACCUCACGUUUGCGUGCCCGUUGUCGCCCGCGGGCAUGCAGGUGUUCGCGCCGCUGGCACCUGUGACGGGUCUAUAUUCGCCUCGGAAGCAUGUGACGCGCAUACAGCUUAUGCGACAGACCAUUGUGGAUGUUCGAGACGACACGUCGCGUGGCACGAAGGAUAAUAUCUGGAGAUCGGACUGUAUCGGGGAGGGCAUUUUCCAGGAAGCUGGAUCCGGACCCGAUUGGCGAAGCUACAAUGGUGAGAUAUUCGUCAGCGACGACGUACGCGUGAGUGACUUCAAGGCGGGCGGUCUGUCUAUACGCGAUUUCGUCGUAUUUUCGAUCUCACCGUCGGACAUCGUCCGCGCGCCGUUCCGCGAGAUGCGGCAGGUGCUGCCUGUCCGGCUCGUGACAGACCUGUGGACGGAGGACGGGUCACAUGUCGGCUUCGUCAGCACGGCGUAUUCGACGCCGUCGUCGUCUGAGGAGCUGGGCCUUGCGCCUGAGUUGCAGUAUCAGCGGUGAUGCACAGGUUCUGUUAUUCCACCCCGGAUCUGGAUGGAGAGAUGGCAGAGAUGCGGUUUCGUCGGCUGUGCUACUUGGACUUGGUGUUUGCGCUUAUAUCUUUUCUUCUUGGACAGAUUGAGAUUGAUUCAUGCCGUGAUACGACAUCUUACGAUGAUUUACGUUAGGGCACGUUUGCUUUGCUCCUCUGAUCAACCCUUACCUUUCGCUUCAACAGUUCAGCUACUCCUAUAUAAUUGAAUGUUGACAUUAUCCAAGCUC